AUGAAGGACCGAUUGGAGCAACUGAGAGCGACGUGCAAUCAAGAUGACGAUGAAGUGGAGAUUGCUAUGGACAAUGCAGCCUUCAUGGACGAAUUUUUCACUCAGAUCGAAGACAUCAGGAACAGCAUUGAGAAAAUUGAUGAGAAUGUUGCUGAGGUCAAAAAGCUUUUCUCAGUCAUUCUAUCUGCUCCCACAUCAGAUCAGAAAACGCAAGAUGAUUUGGAGGCAAUCACCAAUGACAUCAAGAAAAUGGCAAACAACGCAAGAAAUAAACUCAAAACUAUUGAGAGGAAUCUGGAGUCGGAAGAACAGGAGAGGGUGUCAGCUGACAUGCGGAUACGUAAAUCACAGCAUGCAGUGCUGUCUAGGAAGUUUGUGGAGGUCAUGACAAAGUAUAAUGAAGCCCAGGUGGACUUCAGGGAGAGGAGUAAAGGACGUAUUCAGAGACAACUAGAAAUCACUGGCAAGGCGACGACGGAUGAUGAACUUGAGGAGAUGUUGGAGAGCGGCAAUGCCGCUGUGUUUACUGCAGGGAUUGUGGACUCUGGCAUUUCCAAACAAGCCCUGAGUGAGAUAGAAGCCCGGCACAAAGACAUUGUUCGUCUGGAAAGUAGUAUCAAGGAGCUGCAUGACAUGUUCGUAGACAUCGCCAUGCUCGUGGAGAACCAGGGUGACAUAGUAGACAACAUAGAACAGAAUGUUUCCAAGUCAGUGGACCACGUCAUGGUUGCUAAAGAGCAGACCAAAAAGGCUAUUAGGUACCAGACCAAAGCACGUAAGGGUGGAAUGAUUGACAGGAUUGAGAGCAACAUGGACCAAUCGGUGGGCUUUGUCGAGAGAGCCGUUGCAGACACUAAGAAAGCCGCAAAGUUUCAGCAAGAGGCUCGACGCAAAAAGAUGAUGAUAACUUUGUGCUGUGCCAUCAUUGGAAUCGUGGUCUUCUCCUAUCUCUACAGCUUCUUCUCAUAA